AUUUCACCUUUGUAUCUCAGAAAGCUCACUUUGUUUUCGACAGGAUGAAGUUCACUGCCACCUUCCUCAUGUUGUCCAUCUUCGUUCUCAUGGUUGAUCUCGGAGAGGGUCGUUUUCAUUUUGGUCGUCAUCGUCCUCAUGGUCAUGGUUCUGGUCAUGGUCGUGUUUCUGGUCAUCUUUUUGAUCUUCUUGGCAACGCGGUGCAAGGGGUUGGUGAAGGUGCUGCGAGUGCUGGCGUGGAUGCCGCUGUCAAUGCCUGGGGACAGGACGAGCAGCAGGAGCUCAACAAGCGCUCAGACGAUGACAGCCCCAGUGCUAUUGUUUUUGACUGAAGAAGUCGCCCUGAAGGAACCUUCAGAUGAUAUAUAAUGCUUCCUGCUUUUCAUUUAAAUAAAUCAAAUAUUUACCCACAA